AUGGCUGCGGUGGCGAGGCGCGGCGUCGAGGGGCGUUUAGCCACGGCGGUGGUGAGGCGCUGCGGGGUGGGACGUUGGGCCACGGCGACAGCGGCGUGGAGGGGGCGGAGGAUCAGUGGGAGAACGACGAAUGGGAGGACGCGCGGCGGGACCAGGAGCUGCGGGGAGGGCCGAAUGACCGCGGCGGCGGCGAGGUGUCGGCUCGUCGGAGUCGGCGCGAGGCUUGCGCUGUACCCAUCCCUGGCCUACAACGUCGCGAGGAACAAGAUGGAGGCAGACUUUCACUGGUGGGAUCAAGUCGACGAGCAUGUUUGGCUAGGUGCCGUUCCCUUCCAGAGGCAUGUACCACGGUUGAAGGCGCUUGGGGUACGCGGAGUUGUCACUUUGAAUGAACCAUUUGAGACUUUUGUUACAUCAAAAGCAUAUCAGGAUUAUGACAUUGAGAAUCUUCAAAUUCCAACAAGGGAUUAUGCUUGUGCACCUUCACUGGAGAAUAUCUGUAAGGAUCUGAAGUUUAUCAACAGGAUUGCGUUGCAAGGUAACAGUACCUACGUCCACUGCAAGGCCGGAAGAGGACGGAGCACAACCGUGGUUUUGCGCUACUUGAUCAAAUACAAGGGCAUGGAUCCUAAACAAGCCUGGGUUCAUACCAAAUCGAUACGGCCCCGGAUUUGCCUGACAAGUGCUCAACAGAAGGCUGUUACACUGUUCAGCACGAUCAACCCUGUUGGAGGAGACAUUCCGUCCCAGAGUUCGGCGGGGGUGGUAGCCCAUCACAGGCCCAACACAAGACAGAUUCAGCCCGACCCCGAGGAUCAUCUGGAACUGUAG